AUGAUUGAACAUAUUCGUAGCAAGUUGCAACAGUGGUUUUAUGACCAACGUAAGGAAUCCCAGAAUUGCACAAGUGUGCUAGCUCCGGCACGGGAAGAUCGACUAUUCAAAACUCUGGAAGUGGCAAAAACUCUAUUUGUGGAACCACUAGAUCAAUUUCGCUACUCCGUGAGAUGUGGGCGUAAUGUUGGAUACAUUGUAGACUUGAAUGACAAUACCUGCACGUGUAGACAAUUUCAGUUGGAGAGUUUUUCAUGUGCGCAUCUGUCGCAGUGGCUAUGUAUAGAGGAUUUCCACCACACAGCUUAUACAGUCAUUAUUACAUGGCUGAUUUUUGGAGAGCAGCUUCGAACACAUACUCCUGGUCGUAGACGGACGUCUAGAAUACCAUCUACAGGAGAGUUUCCACAACCGCACACAACAACAUUGUAA